UGUUUCACCUCAGUUUGAGACGUCCAUCGAAUCUCAGUACCUUAGUUGAAGGGCAUUGAAAGGAGGUAUCCUGUGACUAGAGCUGACCGUUGUUGCGCUCUCAAAUCCGCCUUUCCUCAAGCAUGAUAUCAUCCCAGUAACGACUUCGAUCGACAUACAAUGUUCACGGCCACCCGCAAGUGGUUCUGGCGGAAUCGGGGCCGCUUUGCCAUUGGUCUUGGGGCUUUGGGAGCCGGAUAUGUAGCAACUCAGUAUGUUCUGGCAAAACUGAAUGAAGCUCGUGAGCGCAUGAGCAGUGACCGCAUUGCUCGGGAGAAUCUACGUCGAAGAUUCGAGCAGAAUCAGGAAGACUGUACCUUUACAGUCCUCGCGCUCCUACCAACGGCCACUGAAAAUAUCCUUGAGGCUCUACCAGUCGAGAAUAUUACCAAUGAGCUGCAGCAGAAAAGGGCCGAGAGGUUGGCUCGCAGCGUAGGAGCAGGAUCCGAAAUAACUCCAUCAGAGGGCGGCUCUGAGGCGCCCAGUAUUACGGACGAUGAUGGGAGAAGCUUGCAGAGCUUCCAAAGUGAAAGCUAUGUACAUGCCAGCCAGGCUGGUUCUGAAGGAGUCGCGUCCAGCCAACGUCCAAGAAAGACAAAGGCACAAUUGUGGCAUGAGCUCAAGAUUAGCUCUAUAACGAGAUCCUUUACCCUUCUCUAUACUCUCUCGCUCCUCACGCUUCUUACGCGUAUCCAACUCAACUUGCUCGGACGUCGAAGCUACCUCUCAAGCGUUGUCGCACUGGCCUCAUACUCUGCUGCGGAUUCAACAAUAAGUCUGGAAAAUCAUGAUGACGACAACCUAGACCAGGCGUAUGGCAGUGAUUUUGAGACCAAUAGGCGGUACUUGACAUUCAGCUGGUGGCUCUUGCACCGGGGCUGGCGGGACAUUAUGGGCAAGGUUGAAACAGCGGUAAAGGAGGUGUUUGGAUCCUUGAACCCUCGCGAAGACAUUGCCCUUGAGAGAUUGUCGAAUAUUAUUCUUGAAGUGCGCAAAAAGGUGGAAGGCGAGACGGAAGAAGCUCGAAGAACCAAAAAAUGGCUUCCCUAUCUCCUUCCGUCCCGCGAGCAUGAGUCGUUCGUCCUUCACGAAUCAGGCAUGACGCCGGACUUCCCGUCCGCCGAUACCAGCGCCCCUCUCUUGAGGCGGCUACUCGACGAAACAUCAGACUUGAUCGACUCGCCCACAUUCACAUUCAUCCUCACCAAGACGCUCGACUCCACCUUCUCCCUUCUCACUGACUCUAAAUUGCGCGUCCAAGCCUUCAAACUCCCCCCUUUACCAACCACCAACCAAUCUAUGCCGGGGCCUUUCUCCGACACCCUGAACCCCACCGCCUUCCCCGACAUAUCAGACCUCCCUGUCCACACAGAAGCCGACCUCGCGGCAAAAGCCAAAGUCGCCACUGUUCUUGCCGUGUUAACAAGGCAAGCCCACGCCAUUGGCCUCGGUAGCGGCGCAGGCAAUGGCACUUCUCCCGCUCCCAUCAAUGAAUACAUUCAAGCUAUCGAUGCAGUUCGCGACCUUGACGCUUUCGCCGCAGUGGUCUAUUCGUCGAAUUUCGACGCCGAGGUCGAAGUGGAAAAUCCUGGCUCCGCCAAAGCCCCUACCAGAGCAGGACCCAUCUCGGCGGCGCCAGACGAUUUCGUUGUCAUUCCGCCAUCGAAUUCACCGCCUUCCCAGCCCCAACAAGAUCUGAUACCGUCGUCUUCUGAAAACAUGCCGUCGUCAUUAUUGGCGGAAGAGACGAGCUGGCAGGCAGCCCUUUCUCAGAGCGAGCCGGUCGUAAAAGAGGAAGAAGCAACCCCGGAACAUGUGCUGGACACGGGCUUGCAUUCUCAUUCCGAGAGUCAGGCUGACAUCCAGACCCAAGAAAGUGAACAAGAACAAAGUUCAUUUGAAAGCGCAUGGGACAAGGCAGUGCAUAGAACCGCAGCCAGCCCUGAUAUUUCGGCGUCUCAAGCUACUACCGGUGCCAGCGAUACCAGCGAGGCUAUCGAGACAGGCUCUGCUCCGAUUCCUGCGCAUUCCACGAGUAAUGACGUUGAAAAUGCGCCAGAAAGUGAAAUGCAAGCACCGCGAGAACCACACGUAUCCGACCAAGCUGAAUGAAAGCGUUCUAGCGGAGCUUCGGAGCUGCGGAGUAAAAAGGGCGCGUACAGCCCAUUGUCGGACCUCAAAGUUGGUGAACAGUCAAGGAACUACCAGCGUCUGUCAAGAUUCGCCCUUUUUAUUUCUUGCCUUUGACAUUUUAUUUCAUCUUUACCCUCCGCUUUGUUUUUGGAGCGAAUCUGAUGUGAAUUUCUUGGUCAACUUUUUUUUAUCUAUUGUUGUAUCUGCAGUCGGUGGCAAUCUACUAUUGAAUAUUUCCAUAGUAACCAUUUCCUUGGUAGUUAUGUGUUGACGUC